GCCUCCAACAUUCGAAUUUGGAUCAUUUUGGAAUUUGAAUCGAAGCUUCAACAUUCGAAUCGAACCGUUCCUUGUCUUCCGUUGUACGGCCGGGAUUUUUCCUCCCCAAAACCCCGCAAGCAGGAGAGGGUUCUGCCCCUUCUGCCCCGCCGCCGCCGGCCGCUGGCCGUUGUCUCCCGGCACAGCCAUAGCCAGUGAGCCGCCCCAUGGUCCUCCCGGGCCUCCUCCUCCGCCGCGCCGACGCACCUCUCCGCCCGCCGUACCGCUACCUCUCCCGCCUCCUAGACCGCUACGGCUUCGUGCCCCCGGCCUCCCUCACCCACGCCCCGCGAGAAUCCCCCGACGCCGCCGCCGCCAAGAAGCGCCGGGCCAAGAAGCCGCCCUACCGCCCGCCGUCCUCGCUAGACCGCGGUGGGCGCCCGCCCGCGCGCUCGGACCUUCCCUUCGACUUCCGCUUCAGCUACACCGAGAGCACCCCGGGCUCCAAGCCCAUCGGGCUCCGGGAGCCCAAGUACUCCCCGUUCGGCCCCGACCGCCUCGACCGACCCUGGACGGGCCUCUGCGCUCCCGCCGUCGACGCCACGCUCCGCGACGUCGCCGCCGAGGACCCCCUCCCCGACGCCGAGAGGGGGCUGGAGGAAGCCCGCCGGCGCGAGCGCGAGCGCGUGCUCGGCGAGCCGCUCACCCCCGCCGAGCGCGCCUUCCUGGUCGAGAAGUGCCAGAAGAACCGCACCAAGCGGCAGAUCAACCUUGGGAGAGAUGGGCUUACUCACAACAUGCUAAAUGACAUUCACAAUAACUGGAAGAGCUGCGAGGUGGUCAGGGUAAAAUGCCUUGGUGUGCCGACGGUUGAUAUGCAAAAUGUGUGCCAUCAACUUGAGGAUAAGACUGGUGGCCUUAUCAUCCACAGGCAUGGUGGUCAGUUGAUACUGUACAGGGGUAGGCAUUAUAAUCCAAAGAAAAGACCUUCAAUUCCGUUGAUGUUAUGGAAGCCAGCUGAACCUAUCUACCCGAGGCUAAUCAAAACAACAAUAGAAGGGCUGACAGUCGAGGAGACAAAGCAAAUGAGGAAGAAGGGCCUACAUGUUCCUGUUUUGACGAAGCUUGCAAAGAACGGAUAUUAUGCUAGUCUUGUGCCAAUGGUUCGUGAUGCCUUUCUGACUGACGAGUUGGUUCGAGUAGAUUGUAAGGGAUUGCCAAAAAGUGAUUAUCGGAAGAUUGGAGUCAAGCUCAGAGACCUUGUUCCUUGCAUUCUUGUCUCUUUUGACAAGGAACAAAUUAUUGUUUGGAGGGGAAAGGAUUAUGAUGGAAGCUUACAAGAUCAUACGCAAAAGUCAUUCCCUUCAAGUAUUGUCUCAGAUUGUGCGUCAGUAAAGAAAGAGAAUGGUCAUCAGGAACAAACAUCAAGUGAUUGUUCUUCUGAUGAGUGUUCUGGGACCAGUAGCUCUGAUGAAGCACCAGAUGACAAGUCUGUCAUUUCUGACCUGGACUCUUCUAGGGCGAUCUGACAUAGAAAUCCACAAAGUUGCCAUGUCACCAGAGUGUACAAGCUUGUGUAUUAUGUAUUCGUGUUAGUUAUCUUAUAUCGCCAUUGCUAUGGCAAGUUGUAGGCCUUUUCUUUUUUCUAUCAUUCAUGACUAGUUCUGGCAAAUUUAUGAUUUUGUUCACGUCCUAUAGACAAUAGUUGCUUGGAUGGUACAGGCACAUCGCACAAUUGUAGCUCGAGGCUCCAGCAGUUCAGUAAUUGGAGGACUAGAAUGUUGUUAUUUUGCUGACCACAAAUUAUACAAACCUCAUUUGACUUUACCCAAGAACGUCAUGUAAAGCUCAAUGAACAAUGAUUUAACAAUGUUAUCCCGUCUUAUAUGGC